AUGCGGCUUUACACAGAUAUAACUUCUAUUAUCUCUACUGACAGGGCUUAUUCGAAGGGAGAUGGGAACCCCACACUUACAAAAGGGGUCUACAUUCAGGCUAAUAGCUUGACCCCGGAGAUGAAUUUCACCAGAAGUAAGAAUAUUCCAGACGGCACGAAGCUGCAUUCAGAUUACAUUCCAAUGAAUAGGUUCCUUUCCAUUCCAUAUACGAAAACUUCGUUCCGAAGAAGGGCAACCGACGUUUUGAAACCGGGGGCUCGAUUCAGAGGAUUCCAAACCUCGGGGACACGGGAGUAUAGUGUCGAGGUUAUGUUAUUGGAAGUGGACCUACCGAACUCCUACAUGUCUGGGACACUCACCAUUCAUAAUUUGACACCGGUGAAUAGCAUCAUCACAACUUUUUUCACUGCAGAAAUAAUUGGACCACGACAUACUUUUAUUACAAACCACGAUUCUUGGGGAUCCAGUAUUAAGAAUGACAUACAGCAUUGGGCCCGAUUCCCCAGCUGGAGGAGCCUGGAUGUGGAUCUUCUAAAAGAUUAUAAGAAUAGGGAAUGGUACCAAACAAAAGCAUUUUGUCAAAAUCAUCUCUACAUGAGAUGGAAGGAACACUAUUUAUACCCGAAUCCCGAUCAGACUGAAGUAAAGGGUGCUUCAUUUGCCGGAUUUUAUUUUAUUUCUUUUGACCGUGAAGCGGAGUCAUUCACUGGAAUAUAUUACUAUAAAACUACCGAUCGUUUCCAACAGUUGCAUUUAUCUUUUGUUCCUGACCAUGGUGUAUUUAGAAGUUAUGAAUAUUGUUAA